CACACACACACACACACACACACACACACACACACAGAUCCGGGUGGGGGGAGCGGCAGCGCGAGACAGCGCGAGCCUCCGAGAAAGCGCGAGACACGCCGGCGCGUGCAGCUCUGCGGCGGCCGCAGCGCCCCGGCUCGAGCCCCGCGCAGCCCGCCCUUGAGCGCCGGUCCGGGUUAUUUAUGCGGCGGCCGCGUCCGCCAGCUGCGGCUUCCUCCAGCCCCCACCCCGGGCGCGCCCCCACUCGCAGCAGCAGCUGACAGGAAUCGCGCGUGGGUGUGUUGUUUGGGAGCUUCGGCCUCGGCGCCGCGGGUGCCACCUCCCGGGACGCUGCCCAGGCGUCCUCGGUCGCGAUCAAACAAAUAAUAGAAGUCUGUUGAAGCUUUGUCCUGACCUAUUCUGGAAGUAGAAGAAUACCCUGGAGAAAGGAGCAUUGUAAGCACAAAGAAUAAAACUCCUCAAUCCUGGGAGAGAGAAUUAAAGUCUAACCCUCCAUAUUGGUCUUAAGGCAACUUAGAGUAUGCAAAAUACAACAAGAUGGCAUAAAUUAAAAAUAGGAAUAAAAUGAGACAGAAAAACAAGGGUGGGGAAAGUCCUUUUCCCAGAAAAUCAACAACAACAACAUCGUGGCUACUGUAAUGUGAUGCUGGGAUUGAAUUUACCUAGGGCUCCAUAUCAAGGUUGACUCGAAAGUCUUGAGGAAGAUCUGGAAGAAAUAGGUAUUAAGUCAUGAUGCAGGAAUCUGCGACAGAGACAAUAAGCAACAGUUCAAUGAAUCAAAAUGGAAUGAGCACUCUGAGCAGCCAAUUAGAUGCUGGCAGCAGAGAUGGAAGAUCAAGUGGUGACACCAGCUCUGAAGUAAGCACAGUAGAACUGCUGCAUCUGCAACAACAGCAGGCUCUCCAAGCAGCAAGACAACUUCUCUUACAGCAGCAAACAAGUGGAUUGAAAUCUCCUAAGAGCAGUGACAAACAGAGACCACUGCAGGAAUUGCUUCCAGAAACAAAAUUAUGUGUCUGUGGCCACUCUUCUGGUGAUGGGCAUCCUCACAACACAUUUGCAGUGCCUGUGUCGGUGGCCAUGAUGACUCCCCAGGUGAUCACCCCUCAGCAAAUGCAGCAGAUCCUUCAGCAGCAAGUCCUGUCUCCUCAGCAGCUCCAAGCCCUUCUUCAGCAGCAGCAGGCAGUCAUGCUGCAGCAGCAACAACUGCAAGAGUUUUACAAGAAACAGCAAGAGCAGUUACAUCUUCAGCUUUUGCAGCAGCAGCAACAGCAGCAGCAGCAGCAGCAGCAGCAACAGCAGCAGCAACAGCAGCAGCAACAGCAGCAGCAGCAACAGCAGCAGCAACAGCAGCAGCCGCCGCCACAGCAUCCUGGAAAGCAAGCGAAAGAGCAGCAGCAGCAGCAGCAGUUGGCGGCCCAGCAGCUUGUCUUCCAGCAGCAGCUCCUCCAGAUGCAGCAACUCCAACAGCAGCAGCAUCUGCUCAGCCUUCAGCGUCAGGGACUCAUCUCCAUCCCACCUGGCCAGGCAGCCCUUCCUGUCCAGUCGCUGCCUCAAGCUGGCUUAAGUCCUGCUGAGAUUCAGCAGUUAUGGAAAGAAGUGACUGGAGUUCACAGUAUGGAAGACAACGGCAUUAAGCAUGGAGGGCUAGACCUCACUACUAACAAUUCCUCCUCGACUACCUCCCCCACCGCUUCCAAAGCGUCACCACCAAUAACCCAUCACUCCAUGGUGAAUGGACAGUCUUCAGUUCUAAAUGCAAGGCGAGACAGCUCAUCACAUGAGGAGACUGGGGCCUCUCACACUCUCUACGGCCAUGGAGUUUGCAAAUGGCCAGGCUGUGAAAGCAUUUGUGAAGACUUUGGACAGUUUUUAAAGCACCUUAACAACGAACAUGCAUUGGACGACAGAAGCACUGCCCAGUGUCGAGUGCAAAUGCAGGUGGUGCAGCAGUUAGAAAUACAGCUUUCUAAAGAACGCGAACGUCUUCAAGCAAUGAUGACCCACUUGCACAUGCGACCCUCAGAGCCCAAACCAUCUCCCAAACCUCUAAAUCUGGUGUCUAGUGUCACCAUGUCGAAGAACAUGUUGGAGACAUCCCCACAGAGCUUACCUCAAACCCCUACCACACCAACGGCCCCAGUCACCCCGAUUACCCAGGGACCCUCAGUAAUCACCCCAGCCAGUGUGCCCAAUGUGGGAGCCAUACGAAGGCGACAUUCAGACAAAUACAACAUUCCCAUGUCAUCAGAGAUUGCCCCAAACUACGAGUUUUAUAAAAAUGCAGAUGUCAGACCUCCAUUUACUUAUGCAACUCUCAUAAGGCAGGCUAUCAUGGAGUCAUCUGACAGGCAGUUAACACUUAAUGAAAUUUACAGCUGGUUUACACGGACAUUUGCUUACUUCAGGCGGAAUGCAGCAACUUGGAAGAAUGCAGUACGUCAUAAUCUUAGCCUGCACAAGUGUUUUGUUCGAGUAGAAAAUGUUAAAGGAGCGGUGUGGACCGUGGAUGAAGUAGAAUACCAGAAGCGAAGGUCACAGAAGAUAACAGGAAGCCCAACCUUAGUAAAAAAUAUACCUACCAGUUUAGGCUAUGGAGCAGCUCUGAAUGCCAGCUUGCAGGCUGCCUUGGCAGAGAGCAGUUUGCCUUUGCUAAGUAACCCUGGACUGAUGAAUAACACCUCCAGUGGCCUGUUGCAGGCCGUCCACGAAGACCUCAAUGGUUCCCUGGAUCACAUCGACAGCAAUGGGAACAGCAGCCCGGGCUGCUCACCUCAGCCGCACAUACAUUCAAUUCAUGUCAAGGAAGAGCCAGUGAUUGCCGAGGAUGAAGACUGCCCGAUGUCCUUAGUGACAACAGCGAAUCACAGUCCAGAACUAGAAGAUGACAGAGAGAUUGAAGAAGAGCCUUUAUCUGAAGAUCUGGAAUGAGAACUGACUUGUGAAACCUCAGCGUGAAGGGACAUAUCACUGACCUUCAUAACCACUCCACAACCAUGAAUAUUUGACAAAUUUUUACUGUGACUAUUUAUUAAGCAUGGAUAAAGGAGACAGCCCUAAAGGAACUUAUGAAGCCAGCCCUUUGGGAUUCAGUACCAACAGGCAAAUUGCUUGU